GGUUCUAGCAAGUCUCCAACUGAUGAACUCAGUCAUCAUGCCCUUCCUAAUAGCAACUCACAUGGCAGCAGUGAUCGCCAUAGUAAACCCAAUCACAUCAACAAUGAUGAGGUAAGGUACCAUAUUCACUUGAGGGAUGGCUGCGGGGUUUUUUUAGUUUAGUUUUUUUUUUUUUAACAGCUCUAUUGGGUGUCAUUACCUUAUACAUAAUUAGUUACAUAGAAACAUCUUUGAAAAAGAAAUAAAAAAAUGAAAAUAAAAGGAAAAAAAGGCAUUAUACCCAAAGGGGCAAGCACAAACGAGACCAUAAGGACCCAUACAAGGUACUGCCCAAAAAGAUAGUAAAAAGAAAAAAAGCUGUAAAUGACACAAUUAUAUCAGCAUACAUGUAUAGAAAUAGCAAAACGUGCACGAUCUUACCAGUGACCAAGUGCAUGGGCACCCCAUGUCAAUUAAUGUUUUUUGCAAAAGACUUGUCAGAGUUUGUUUCAAAAAGUUUUUGAAGAUGUCGAUACUGGGGAGGCUGCUUUUAGGCACAAAUUUACAAGUGAAGUUUCUUAAUUUGACUAUCCUAUUAAAGUAAGAGACCUGAAAUGUGGAAGUUGUGCAAAACAAACUUUUAAGUUGAAGGAUUGCUUUGCUAGUAUGGCCAUGAGUUACCAAAGAAGCAAAGUCAGGGCUGUAGCUAGCAUGAGGCAAGACGAGGCAGUUGCCUCGUCUUGAUUUUGGCCUUUUUUUUUUACAGCAGUUCUGUUUUAAAGAGAUGGGAUGCCUCUGGCCACAGACAGAUUGCCUUAGCUUUCAGUAAAGAAUAAACAAUGGGCAAAAAACUUUCACUUUUCUAACUGUUAAGGAAGAAGUCUACUACUUUUUAUCGUGAAAGUUAGUGACUUCUUAGUCCUACAAGUAUAAGAGAUGGCAGUAUUAUGACAUGGCUGUCUCAUAGUUGAAGAACAUAAGCAAGAGUGUAUCGAAACAGAUAAUUGAUAAGUGAGCGUGAUUCUGUAUAAUCAUCUAAGAACUAACUUCAAAAAAAGUGUUACCUAAGACUAAUUAUCUACAGUAUAAAAUCCAUAAACGUUGGCUACUCUCAUGGAUUCUUUUUAUUGUUAUAAUACGUGCUACAACAUUUGAAUGCUUUAAAAUACAGAUGGUCAUUAACUUGGCACCAGUAUCGCUAAGCAAUAAAAAAGUGAACUUCUGCACUUGCCCAAGAUUGACUUUUCUGAAGAAAAAUGCCACGCAAAAUGCUUACAAAAGCAUUUCUGAGCCCCUCAAUUUCAAAAUUUUCAGGGGGGCAUGCCCCCAGACCCCCUAGCGGCUCGCGCCUUUGGCGCUCGAAACUUGCCUUGUCUUGUUCUGAAGUCUGGCUAUGGCCCUGAAAGUUAUGUAGAUUUAGAUCUGUUUGCCCACACAAACAUUUGUAGAAAAUAUCUCAUUAAGCUCUCUAUCAAAUAAUAAUGGUAACAUGUCCAGUGUAAUACAUGUAAGUCUUUCCUUGUAAGACAUUUCUCUGAUAUAAGACCGCAGAAUCCAUUGUGUGGCUCCUUGAAAGCCCCAAUCAAUUAUUGACUUCCUAGGGUUCUCCUGGCUUACAAAUCUACUUUUAUACAUACAGUGCCUUUCAAAACUGAGAUGACAGUCUUUUUGGAGUCUUGGUCCUGAACGAACCAUAAUUCUCACAGGAAUUGACUGUUGAGAAUUGAAUGUCAAUAAUCCAUCUUUGCAAAAUUGAGUCUUAGUUCUCAAAUCAAUUCAUGCAAAGGCUAAAGUAUCAACUGUCAUCUUUCUUUUGAACUGUACAUCUACACUGUUAUAUGUUUGUGUCUGCUGUGCAUGUGAAAGCAUAAACUACAUUCCAGGGCUGCAAGUGUUGCAUGUUAGUUUCAGAUCAUCUUUUCUUAUUGUUCUGGGGGGGCAAAUUUUUGGAAGAUCAAAUGGCACUAAUCCGGGGUUAAAACUUUUUAUCCGGUUUAUUUUUCUUUUGUUCCAAAGCAUUUUCUCGGAUAAUUUUCUCCAUUCUGUUUAGAGCAUCCAACCAUCAAAUUGUAGGCAAAAAGAACUUAAUUUAAUAUUUAUCUUUUUAAGCUUUCAUAUCGCAAUUCAAAUUUUGCACUUUCCUUGGGUUGUCUUAACCCCAUCCCUGUUUGUUUUGCAGGUUUUUCCUUGGUCUCAACACACCAGUUCUUCUGGAAAGGUGUAUUAUUACAACUGUAAAACAGAAAAAUCCCAGUGGGAGAAACCAAGGGAAUGGAUGGAAAGGUAACAUAUGCAAGAUAUUUAAUUCCUUUACUCCUAAUAGUACCCUACAUGUAGGUGCCAGUGCUUUCUUUUCCAAUAAAAUUCCUGGUUGCAAGAGUUUCCCAUCUUGUUUUCAUGCAAGGUGCGGAUCUUGUAUCUCACCAAACCAGUUUUGGGGCUGAUGUGCAUGUUUGUUUUCAAUAAGUCCGACAGAUGACUAGAUUUCCCAUUCUAGAGCCUCUUGUUGAAGGGGGGAUCUAUUUUGUGUGCCUCCUACAUGCUUUAGCAAAAGUUUUGUGUUUUGGGAAAGAACAUUGCUCUUCUCUUCUUCUUCUUCUUCUUCUUCUUCUUUUUUUUUUAACUCAUACCCAAGGCUGUGCUCUAAUGGCGCCCAGUCGCCUAGGUGACUAACAUUUCGCUUCAGGCAACUGAAAAAAAAUUCUCGGUCGUCCUGCCGGGCACUCUCGCUUGUAGUGCAGUGUUCAGUUAAGUGGGCAGAAAAAUUAAACAUACUAGCGUUGGCUUGUUGAGUCAGAGUUUACUAAACCCUACAGAAAAUGUUUUUACAAAUAUUGAACGAAAGUAACGGGCGCGCGUCGAUGUUCAAAGGUCCUUCUGCAUGAUUUCACAUGUAACAUAAUAAUAAUUUGAACGUGACAAGCGGCACGGAUUGAAUUGUACUGCAACUUAAAAUAGUUUCAGAAUUUUUUCUUUCAGAUAGAAUGGUUUAUUAGGUACAGUCUUUAGGAGAAACUGUUAAUAUUUUUCUGACAAGUGUAGAGCGCAGUUGGCAACGUGGAGUAAUUUAUUUUUGCAUGAAACGGAAGUUGCUGUAUUGACCAGUAUGCAAAUUUAAUAUUUUUAUGGUUUUUGGCUGUUGUGUCUGCUUGGCUAAAACAUAACUUAUGAUCGUUUUCUUCCUUUUGCAUAAGAUGACGAAAUAUGAAAAGAAAAGAUAUGAUCGUUCUGAUCGUUUUUAUUGUUGUUUAAGAAACAGGGCAGUUCCAUGUUGUCGUGGCAUUGUACGUAUCGAAAACUAAAUUCGCACGCAUGCAUAUAUUUUUCUUAGAGCACAGCCAUGAUACCCCCAUCAUGCCAAAGCUUCAUUAUGCAUAAGGACUGUUUUCCUUAAUGGACACAGUGAAAACAUACAUGCUGUAGUUGCCUACUUACUUAUAUUGAUUGCAAAUUUAGUUAAGCUUUUACAAACACAAGUUGACCAUGAGGUCAUAACUUGUGCAAUAAAGGUAUCUUUCUUGUACCAGAAUCAUGGUUUUACAAGAUCAGCUUAGCGUUUUUCGGGUGUAAAUGGGCUGACAAAGUAGUGCUUAACUCAUUGGUUGAGAAGAUAAGAGAGGAAGCUCAUCAAUAAAGGCUUUUGUGAUUGCUCAGUAAUGAAACACACCCUAUUUCAUUACCUUGACCCUUCAAUUAGAGAGAGAAGAGAGAAAGAGAGAAAGGAAAAGGAAAAACGGGACCUUUUUGGAAUCAAAGAUGGAAGAGACUCUAGCACCCACAUCCACCGAGAGCAGCUUGCUUCUUCAAAGCCAGGCAAAUGUGAGUAUCAAUAACAACAAAUUUAAAAAGUUGUGUUUAUAACUGUGAUUAUACUCUUAUAUAGAAAAUAUAUAGCUACUCGGAUUUUUGAAAACUUUACCAGCAAAUGGACCUUUUGCAUCCAACAGUUUCUUUUCUUUUCUUUUUUUUCGGCCAAAAUAGCCAUUAUAAAAACUAAGAGUGCAACCAUUAGUUCUUUCUCUUCUUCUCAUUUCUUUCUCCUCGCUAUUUAUUUCUCUCGUUUCCUUUUCCUUCAUUAGUGUGAUUUUGGAGCUUAUGGGGCCCAAAAAACCUGCCUUUUGAUGCCUUUUCACUCAAAUGAUAGGCAGCAAAUUUUGUUAGGUUGGUUUUCAAAAAAUCAACUGGAUAUAAUUAUUUGAUUUUUUAUACUCCACUUUGAGGAAGGUGAGACAUAACUUACAAGCUACAAAAUAUGUUUGUUGUACAGUUCAGGAUUGUCUACCAUAAACUCAUAGUACCUCCAAUGAUAUUGGCUCAUCACCCUUCAACACAGAUACAAACACACAAAGCCUCAAAGAUACAUAUGCUGCUCAGACCACUUGCUUUGCUCUACAAAACACUUAGGUUACAAAUAAUUGGCAAGGCACUGUUGUGUUAACCAUGCAGCCUUGAACGUUCUGAAUGUUAUGUGUGCCAAAGUUAAGAACUUUUUUUUAAACCUCUCAGGUUGAUUUGGUUCUUGGAAAUGACAAUUUGUUAGUUAACUAUGUAUAUGUAUGCAGUGAUCUACUUAAUAGCUACUUUCAGUACCAUUGCUUUAAGAGUUGAGUCCAUAAAGGAGAGCUUUUCUUGUGGAAAAGUGAACAACGGUGAUUGUCUCAAUAUGUAUAAUGAACCCAAUGCUACACAGAAAGUGCUUUGUGAGGUAUUUACGCACCCAUUGUUUUUGUAUCAGAAAUCUCAAUUAUUUGCUGGGGCGCACCCUCAUUUUUUCCAUUUCUGAUAUGUUAACAACUGGUAUGUAAAUACCCUAUGUAGACACUUUCCUUGAAGUACUCCAUAUUUCUCAACUAACACUGAACUUCCCUUUUGGCGUGGUAAAUUAAUAUUAAAUUAGACUGUUUGUUAGUGAAAACAAAAUAUGUAAUGUGCAUAAUAGUAAGCUUAAAUGUUUUUAAGGCAUGAUUUUCUAACACACAUUUUUAAAGUCUGAGACAAUAAUAUUAUUAAUCUGUCCAUGCUGCACUUACAGUACCAUUCAAAAGUAAGUUGACAGUCCAUUGGGAGUCUCAAUUCGCGAUUCUCGAUUCCUUCGCUAAUCAAGAAUCGAGAAUCAAGAACAAGCUAUCGAGAAUCAAGUCGAGGAUAGAAUGUCGCAGAACAGGAAACAAAAGAUUCACCCAUGACUGAUAUUUUACAAAGACAUACAGCUGCAACACAACACAGUAUGGUUAUAUUCGCGCAAGCGACUGUAUGCUCGAAAAAAGACCAAUUCAAGUUAUAAAGCAAAUGUUUCCUCAAAGAUAUCUGUAUCAAGCUUCAUUUCCUCAAGUAAAGUUUCAAAUGCCUGCUCCAAAUGCAAACAAACGGUGUGUACUCGUCUACAAGCAACAGUAUGUUCAUUUUGUAACGUCAAACGAUUCUGGGCUUAUCUUCCACUUGGCUUGAUAAAGAUCAGCUGUAACAUACUCGUCCAUCCAUAACAUGACUAGUCUUUUGCCCUGAAAUUACGUUCGUGAUCCUCAAAUCCUUUUGAGAAACAAUGGUUAUAAUUCUACUGGGAAAUUUAGCACGUUCUUGAAAGGUUGAGGCCUUUGAGAUAAUCUCAUAAAAUCCACGAUGGAACAUGAUACGCUUAACUUUUUUGUUGCCUAGCACGUGACUGCUACUACCGACUACUGUGAUAAAAAAUUGCGCGAUGUUAAUUUCAAAAGCGGUGUGUAUUGCACAAGACAAAAUAUUGUUCUCAAAGCUCUUAGACGUUUCUGAAGUUUUCUGAAGCUUUACACAUAUAUUCAAAUUGAAGUUUUAUGUAUGCAAUCACGUCUCAUAAAAAGCAAAGGGCAAAAUAUCAAACAGAGAUGCUACGCAUAUCUCGAAAACAGCAAUUCUGGUGAAGAGGUCAAAUUACAAGUAAAGUUUCCAGCGGAAAAAACACCCUCAGACUGUAGACACCGAUAAUCAGACAUUCAUCUUCAGUAAUACCGAUGGACAUUCACAAAGAGGCAAUCGAAAAAAUAUAGGCAAGUAAAAUUCAAAAGCAACGAGAAGCACCUUGAGUCUUUGUGUACUCAUUAUCGCGUAUUUAACAUUUAUUUACACAAGCUUCCUUUUGCUUUUAUUUGGAUUUUACAGAUAGAAAGUCAUGGAUUGCUUUUCAAGUUCAACUGUUACUGACAACAUCUGCUAUUUAAAUGAUGAAAAAUGCCAUUCGCACAUUUUUGAGAUUUCGACAUAGAGUCACCUGGCUGAGCCAUGUGAGCAAAUGCAAAUGUCAACUGCUACUGUAUAAUUUGCGUAGUUCAGGAAUUUCUCGCAAGAAUCAGAAGCUAAGUAGACUUUGUUAUUUAAUAGAGUAGAAAGAAUUUUUUUGACGUGAGGGAAGUUAGAAGAUUGCUCAAAACUUGAGCAAAGGUUGUAGAUUCUCGCAGCAAUCGAGUAUCGAGAGCAGAGAGCAAGGUACUCAAAACCCUUCACAUGUAUAAUCAACUAUAUACAAAGACCAUUCAGGUUUGAUGAGUCUCGCAGGAAUCUAGAAUCGAGAUGCGACAAUCAAGAAUUGAGUCUCGAUUCUCGCGAGGAUCGAGAAGCAAGUGUCAACUUACUUUUGAAUGGUACUGUACUGUAAUCACCCAUAAUGAUUGUCACCCAUUUUAUUCUCCUCCCAGUACCCAUGUAGUUUCAAUCUAUCUGGAGAGAACUAAGCAUUUUAGAUUUAAGUACAAGUACAAGAAUGACUACAACUACACCACUUUCUGAAAUAACUGUAAUUUUACACCAGUCACAUGCCAGAAAUUAAACACUCCUUGCUGUUGCUUGUAAUUAGAAAGGAGACUUAAGGUACAUGUAUGUGAUUGUUUUGCUUGAUGAUCAGAAGUUACUCUCAAACUAAACUUAAAGAGUCAUACACACACUCAAAUCUUAAAGUUGCAAUAAUAUGGCUCAAAUCAUUUCAGACUUAUCUCCUUCAAAGAGUGCUCACCGAGAUUAUCACAGCUGCCUUGAAAAACGAGAAAGUAGCCAUGGUAAUCAUACUGAGUCUAGGAAUAUGUCCACUGAUCACCGAAAAGAUAUGCAAAGACUUAGUGAAAGUGACAGAGAAAGACAGGUGGUCAAAACUUGUUCAGUGCAUACCACAGCUCUUCCCACUGUCGUGUACAGGUAAGUGUACAUCAUAAUGUACCCUUUCUCUCUUACCUCAAAACACCCUAAAUCGAUCUCUUUGCUGACCUAUCAACACUGAAACUUUUUUCUGAGGCAAUAUAGAUUUUUCUCAUACGACACAAUAUCAAUCUUAUUUGAGCUUUUAUUACUUAGCAGGCCAUCUGAUAUUACCCGAUGGUGCGAUUUCGCACAAUUGACCUCAAAUCGCAUCCGGUCGCACAAUUUGAGGAAAAUCACAUAAUUCGUUAAAAAAAUGCUAAAUUCAAGUAAAGUAUACAAUGAAUUCUAACUCUAAUUAAACAUUUUCCCAAUCGUAAUGUUAUUUAAGGUGAUUUACCACUUAAGAAAGCCUUGCAAGGCAUCCAAAACCUUUGAUAGUGGUAUCUGGGCAGCAUUUUGAUUUCAGAGACAAGCUGUGUGGUCAGCGGUGCAACGGCAUCAUGUAAUAUUAAGCAAGUGUCGUUUUUCUUUUCCAGGUCAAAAUAAUCGGACAAAUUUAAAUAUUUUGCUUUAAAAUAGAUGUUUUAUAAUUCCUUUACAUUCAAAUUGCCUGUUAAACAACAUUAAAGUGGUUUUUCUUCUUUAAAACUUGGUAAAACAAUGUAAAUUAGCCCUGUAAAAAUGGCGUAAUUUAUCGCAUAAUAGUCCUAUCUUUUCGCACAAUCUACCCUGAAAAUAUUGCACAAUUUCUGAUUUUUUAUCGCACCCUAUCAGAUGGCCUGACUUGGUGCUUUGAAAGCAUGAUUUGAAAUGAUUUUGGAAGUUUAAAUUAUUUAGUGACACCUUUGCUUAAGAUCCCUUUAUGUUCAGGAAUUACUGUUCAAAUUGCAUAACUUUGAACAAGUUUGUCAAAAGUUACUUAGACCCCAGUGAUCUGUUAAUAACUGAUGACCUCUGCUUAAUUACCCAUUUAUGUGGUUUAGGGGAGAACUUGAUAACCAAUCACUUCUACUUAGGCAUGUACAUAAUAAAACAUCAUCAUUAACCUUUGUUCUGCGGGUUUAUUGUUCUGGCAACAUCAGCAUUUUUUGAAUAUUUUGUCCAUAAGUAGUUUUACACUGAAACUGUCUCCUUGUGUUUUGCCCUUUACAUCAUCACCCUAGUGUGACAAUAAUAUUUUGUCCCUUGUUGGCUGUUCUGCCCUACUUUACCAACUCACUACUCUGACUCUCUGUCUCUAAGGAAGUACAAAACUGUUUUAUUUUUGGACAAAGCAUUGUGAUGUUAUAGUGACAGGUAUUGAUGUUGCUGCUUAUUUUUUUGUUUUCUGUAAGGUCUGUCCCUGUUGUGGCAAAUGUCAGAGGGGAAACAGUGGGUAAGUUUAGUGGACCAUAGUAGACAGUCUCACUUAACCCUUUUGUUCGCAAUCGUACUAAUUCGUUCGAUCAGAAGGGGUCUGCAGAAAAAUGGUCAGCAUGCAUUUGCAUGAGUCCUGGGUAGCCUGUGGUGACUCGAUCGAGAAAGAGAACAACAUGGGCGACAUUUUGUGUCUGUAUGAUCAAUUAUGGUCAAAUUUUCGAUAUUUUAUUGACCUCAGCAACACGCGAACUCAAAAAAUGGCGACGGAAGACGAAGAUCUUUCAGCUGUGGUUAUAUUUUUGGGGAUUUUUGUCGGUAAUGGUUGUGUUUUUUUGAUGAGUUCUUCAGCAAACUACGAGGCUUAAGAUUCAAACAGUUGAACUUUUAAGUGUGUGGUGCUGUUGAGGAAAGGCGCUGGGUUUAUAGGCUUGUAAGGUAACUCCAAGCAAAAUUUGUCAUUUUACAAAGAAACAUAUGCAAAUAGCGCCAUUUUGUAUCGACCAGUCAAAGGUUUUAGCCAUUCUUUCGUAGUUUUAACAGUGUUUAUUCUGCUUUCUUGGUUUCAAAAUAAAGCUUGUGUAACAGUGUCCACUUGUGUGACAUUGUAUGUGUUGUCCACGAGUGUGCUCACACGGUGGGUGGCUCCUCCUAAAAUGUUCUGCAAUUGGUAUAGGAUUUAAUGGAGCCGAAACCAAUUGUGGAAUUGCACGCAUUUUAGGCAUCCUACUGAUGAACAGUUGGGACAUGUAGAUACAUUUUUUAGCAACUACUAUAAUUUGCAGUCUGUCUAAUUUGAAUUGGAUCGAUCUUUCUUACUGGCUUUUAUUUAUGUUGCUGUGUGGAGUAAUCAUACGGUGAUAAACUUUAAAGGCAACUAUUUUGAGACAUAUUUUUGUCAAGUUUUUAUUUUAAAAAAAAAAUUCUCAAAAAUGGGAUAUUUGGUUUUCUAGUACCAAAUGCAUGGUAGCUUCAAAUUAAUGUAUCCCCAAACAGUCUGCAUCAAUUUUUGACAUCAUACUAUCAAGAUCGAUGCCAAGAAAUUAAUUUUUUGUUGGUAGUAUUUUUAGCGGCCUUUUCCUUCCCAGGAACUUGUGAACGAAAGGGUUAAUGAAUAACAAGCUUCUAUUAUUGUGUCAAUUGUCUGUGAGAGUAUGGGCCAUAGAAAUGGUAUGCUAAAAUGUGACUCAUUACAUCACUUGCCUUAAUUUUGUACACUGUCACUAAAACUGAAUAAUUAUGUAAUGGUUGUGCUUGAAACAUACCAUUUUUUUUUGUGCCUUUGUUUCAGUUUCCCCUGCAGGAAGUUUACAAGAUGUUUCACCACCAACCACACCAUCUUCACGACCCAACUUCUAUGACCACUCUUCCCAUACCCCAUCACCAAAUGUAUUAACUGCAGUAUCACCACAAGUGUCACAGCACCAUGGAGGCCCUUCACCUCAUGGUCACUUUCCUCAAACUGCAGCCCAGUUCCCUUCAAGACAUGCAGUGUCUCUAGCUCAGAAUUUAUUUCCCCAAGUCCCAGUAUCUUCUGUUCCACAAGCAUCACAGCAGUAUCCUUUUGCACAGCAACAAUAUGGAAUUGCACAACAAGGAGCACAGCCUCAAAUGAAUGAUUAUAGACAGUAUCCUCAUGUUAAUUGUAGUGGGCCACCUGCUGCAACAGUACCUCUUGCAAUACAGACACCCUCACCACAGCCAACAAAGUUUAAUGCUCAAGUAUCUCCUCAGCCCGUUCUUCAUCCACUUCAGCAGGCAACACUAGUGCUACAACAACGAAAGAUGUCAGAGGUUUGUUAUUUUUUAUUGGGCUCGUCUUAAGUAGUGACUUAACCUUAUCAGCUGGCAAGUGUUGGUUUAAUAAAUAAAAUUAUAUGAAUUCAUAUAUCUGUCUGGAUUUGCAAAAACAUGGCUACAGAAAUCUCUCUUAUAUACCCUCUGACUGAGGCUUGUAGUGGAGCUUGUUUUUUUUGUUUUUUUUCAUAGUUACUUUUUAUUUAUUUAAUCAGUACGGGAUAGGCCACGGUAGAUAGACUUUGAUUAGUUUCUCGUGGGUUUUUAACCUACCGGUAUUACCCACCCACCCCCCCCUCCCAAAAGAUGUUUUUCAUAACUUGCCAUAAUUCUCUCUGUAUGUCAGUUUGAAAUCAGCGCACAUAUUAGACUGAACUUGGCUCUCAUAGUGGGUCGUCUUAGAGUUUUUUGGCUGCCUUGAGCAAAGUUUUCUGGAAGGCAUCAUUAAGCCUUAUGAAGGAACAAUUUCGUCACAUUUCGGGUGAAAGACUGAUCCUGGGCUUGAGAGGGAAAGAUUGGAUAUUGCGACCUUUGUUGUUGGCAGUAACAAGUCUUUGGUCGCACAAAGUAGGUCCUAAGGUUGAAAUCUUUUAGGCAAGAUGGAAAUUCAUGCUGAUUUCUGACCAGGCCAAAGACUUAGUAAAAAAUUGUGUGGACGGCGGGGGCUGUAUGUCUCCUUUUCAACUGCUGGUUUACGUCCAGGGUCUUGAAUUAAUGGACUGUCAGUGAGUCGAGAAAAGUUCCAUGUGACGAUUUAUGUGGAGAAAGCAAGAGUUUUACGGAGUAAUUUGACAAUGUUUUUGCCCGUGUUAAGUGUUGAAGUAUUAUGAGUGGUUUUCGGAAGUGUUGUGAUUGCCGCAAAACUCAUUUAUUGUGAGAUUUACCGAAAGUGUUGACAGACAAAUCUCGGGCAUGUGCAGUUGAGCUUGUGCUACCCUGUGCCAAGCAUAAAAAUGCUGCGUGAUUGUUUAGUUUAGGUGAUUUUCUCUUAGAAAGCCUAUUCUGUGCUCCAAGAUUGUGGAUUCUUAACCUGUUUUCGGCCGACACUGAGCUGUGGGCUUCACGGUUUUACUGACUAAAAGAUUACAAUUUCUGGACGUUUCAAAUGUUGUUUAUUUCAUCGCAAAAUCCUGUUAGUUCUCAAGAGAACUUUACCGUCUAUUGCCAGCAGUAAUGCUGUCAUUAUUUAGCUUCAGUUAGUGACGUUUAACUACUUCCCAUUCCACUUAGAUGUCAAAUAGUUAAAAUGCACUUGAAAUUUCUUUAGCCACGUUUUAACAAAUCCAGGAAUUCAGCAAGCCUGAAUUUCUUUUUCAGGGUUUCAUUUUGCAACUGCAUAACUUGCAUCUUAAACUGGGAUGAUCUUCUUUGCAUUUAUUUAAUCAUUCUGCAGUUCCAAAUUUUGAAAUUCAUAUAAAAAUUAUUCAUUAUUACACAGGUUUGACUGAAAAUGUCAUCCUUCCCUAGUCCCUAGCCUAUGUGACAUUUUCUUAGAUAUUUUGUAAUAAGGUGUAGUUCCAAAAAAAAUAUCCAUACCCCCGCCCCCCUCCAUGGAGGGCACUUUUGUUUUAAAUCCCCCACCCCCCUGGAAUUUCCGUAAUUUUCCAACUUUGUUCAGCACCCCUGGAAAGAACAUUUCUGUCAAAAAUGCCGUUGCAGUAUACUUUGAUGUGAAAUAUAAUAACAUAUUGUCUCUGCGAUAAACAGAGAAGACAUCAUUUUAUUUGUGUUAAUACAGUGUCAAAUAAUCUCAACUUUGCCUUUUAGAAGUCUUUCUCAGUUAAUUUUUUUACGGCAGGUCACUGAGAACAAUCGAGGCGAUACGGCCGUACAUGACACAAGUGAUGCGAUCUCUCAAACUAGUGAAUUUCAAUUACUUCCUUUCAGUUAAAAACAUGUUGGAAGAAGGCUUAUUAGAACAUGACCACAUUACAUUGAAUACCACAAUGUAUUGUGUAACAAAGCAACUGAUAGAUAACCAGAAGAUUAUUCAUGAGCUUACGACAAUCAUGUUACAUAAACUAUCUUGUAAGCAGUGAAAAAAGCACUCAGCCGACUGGAAAUAAACGAUCAUCGAUGAAAACAAUAGUUGUUGGUUUGAAACACCAAUUAACAGUAAAAUAACUUAUAGCUUGCUUAUUACUCUUACUCGGAGCCCCCGGAAAAAAGGCUCAAGAGGCAAUCCCCCCCCCCACCCCCCACCUCUGAUUUUGCACUGCCCUCCAUGGGGGGUAUGGAUAUUUUCUGGAACUACACAAUUACUGCAAAGGAAGAUACAUAGAUAGAUAGACGCCUUUAUUUAAAAUCAGAAAGGAAUUACCCAGGGUAGUCCAUUCAGGGAGCUUACAAGGAAUACCUGCUAUCAAUAGGAGCCCUGAAUUCACUGACGAGACUAUAAAUAAUAAUAAUAAAAUAUGUAAAAGGUAAUAUAACUAAUGAACUAAUAACAAGAUCUUUUAAGAUUAAGGACAUUUAAAAUAACUAUUAAAAACGUACUUCCAUGGUAAUAAAAGGAUCUCUGGGAAGACUCGCAGAGGUGUCAAGGAGACAAGUUAAGUUUCGAAAUAAAUCAUUUUCUCAAAAAUGCAGUACACCUUUUUUUUUUUGCUGUUGAUGAAGUUCUGUGGUAGAAUUAUUGAACCACAAGUAAACAGAACAGAAUCCCAUACUAUAACCUACACAUGGCUGCAUGGGCAUUGUCUAGGAAACACAAACAGAACCAUUGCUGUUUAUUGUUUGGCAAACACUUUGUGACAUGUUUUUGUUGUUUUUCUACCAGGCACAAGCAGUAGCUGCUCAUAACCAGCAACCAUAUUCUCUGGGUGAGUGGUGUUCUUCGCUCUUUAAUUAUGUGAACAUACUUCGCAAAUUCUGAAAUAAAUGGCGGCCUCUUCAUUCCAAGUUAGCAAGUCUAACAGGCUACAGUUUGGGGUACUUGCCAUUUUAAGUAGUACUUAUUAAUUUUGUUGAUGUUGAAAAGAUGUAUUCGAUUUAUGACUUGGGAGAAUAAAUAACACAAGAUUAAAUACCUUGCUGCUCCUCCUGCUAAGGAUAUUGGUGACCAUUGACGCUCAGAAACCAUUGUUUUUAUAAGCUGGUUUUGUUGUUAUUUUGUUUUGUUUUUGCCAAUGCCUACUUGUUUAAAACUUUCCUCAUGAUUUGAUUUGUUAUAAUUCUCUUGUUUAUCAUUUUAGUGAAUCAUUCUACCCUUUUUUGUUGUUGUUGUUGUUGUUUUUUUUUUGCCUCUCUGAAUAAUUCCUGAGGGAAGUCAUUUUGACUCCAGUUUAGAGACUUGAAAUGGUUACAUGUAUCUUAGUACGUGACAUGUAUCUGUUUCACCAUGGUUCUCUGCGAAUGGAGUCUGAGGAUGUCAUGUGCACGUCCAGAUUCCAUUGUGCUUAUUGCACAGUCAUUUUGAUCACUUCAAAUCCUUCAUGCCAUAUAAACAACAAAACAACUCUUUUUUUGUGCAAACAAGUGCUUUUGUACUUUUAAUUUUUAAUGGUUCCUUAAACGCUCAUACAUAUAGGGUGUCACUGUGUUUUUAAAUAAAGGCAGGACAUUUCUAGUUACCAGGAUUGUCUUUGCUUAUUGCAGCAGCACCACCAGCUACAGCACCCCCUCAAUCCUCAGGAACUGCACAGCAAGUUGUAUCACCAAUUCCAGUUCCUUGUUUACAUUUGAAAGAUGACAGACCGCACCAGAGGUCACCUGGGUCUCCUGUUAUGUUUACACAGCAGGCCAUGCUCAAGGAUCCUAUCCCACAUCAUCCCUCUCCACAGCUUCCCUCGUUUUCUACACCAGGAUCUAAUUUAGUGUCUACAAGUCCACUUUCUCAUUCUUCAAAUGCUUCAAGUCCAGUGACUGUUUCCCAGCCCCCAGGUCCUUCAGUCAAUUUGCAGUUACUAGGAAAGUUUGUGGAUAAAAAUCUUGCUUUGCAUUUGUCAAACUGGCCAACAGAUGUUAUAGACAGACAGGUGAGAGCACUUGAGUGCCUUCAAAAACUUAUAAAAGUGAGUUUUUAAAGUGACUACCUAGGCAUGCAAGUGAAAAGUAUAACAAGUUGCAGAUCAUUGCCAACUUUACCUAAUAUCAAAAGUAAUUGGUCUUAAAUUGCUUAAAGGAAGUCAAUAUUCCAGUUCCUUUUAUAACACCAUCAUGAAUUUUGUGAUGUCCUUUGGUUGCCACUAUUGCUAUAUACUAAACAGCAUUGAUCCUCGACAAUAACAGCAACUUAAUGAAAUGUAUGUAAUUUAAAACAGCAGCACGCAGGAGAUGUAUAGUCUCUGUGUUUACAUACAAUUUCCAGUGCAUCCAAAUCGUCUUUUUAGAGUUUAUUAAUUACAAGUGAACACAAGAAUUUAUGGUAAAGCUGAAGAUUUCUCAGACUUUUCAUGAUAAGUGGAGUGUAUGAUUUUUGAGGAGUGAUACAUGAGAUGUGUUUAUUACAUGGAGGUAACAUUGGAUUUGUCAGAAGUUAGGGGCAGAAUUCUAUCUCUGAGGAAUGUGAUGUCAGUUGUAAUGUCACAUCAUGUAUUUCUUUUUUUUUUUAGCUGCAGAAAAUCUGGGAAGAAAGUACAUGCUUUGCAAAUGACAGUGAUAAAGCCAAAAUAGAACAGAUUCAACUUCAAUCGGAGACAGGUUUUAUGGAAAUGAGACUUGAGACUGCGAGCAGAAGGUGAGUUAUUACAGGCUCUUGGUAGACUUCGUAAAAGCCAACAGAAUGUAUGCAGAAUCAAUCAAGUAAACGGCUUGGCUUCCUGGGCCCAGGAAGUUAUCCACUAGAUUUAUCUAGUGGAUAACGUAGUUGGUUUCCCUAAUAUAAAAUAUUUAUCCGGUGGAUAGUGAUAUCCAGUGUUUGAAGAACUGGGUCCUGGUGGAGAUGAGUGUGUACUGGUCAUUACAUAUUUCCAGAAUAGAGCAACAACAAAAACAUAAAUUGCUGUCCUAACCUUAUGUGUAAAGUUAAUUCCCUGGCCCCAGUUGUUCAAAAGCUGGAUAGCACUUUCCAUCGGAUAAAUCUCUAUCCAGUGGAUAAGUAUCAUCCAGUGGAUAGCGGUGUCCUUCUUUGGAACUACUGGAGCUAG